CGCUGCGAGUUGACCCCUGACCCCGGCUGGCAGCCACAACACGGAAGAAUGGCGGCAGAGGGAGAGCGCAGGGAGUCCCGUGCCCGGCAACGGCUGCGGGUGAUGGCGGGGCACUUGCGAAGAGCCGAACCUGCACCUCCACCAGCACUGAGCCAGUGCCGAGCUAUGGAGCCGGGGAGCGCAGACAGUGCAACUAAAUCAGCCGGGACCAUCCCCAGGCGGAGGCAGGAGAUCCUGAAGUGGAAUGGAUGGGGAUAUAAUGACUCCAAGUUUACAUUUAAUAAGAAAGGGCAAGGUGAAUUUACAGGCAGAAGGUAUCGACUUAGUGGCAUGGUACUGCCAGCUUUGAAGGAGUGGAUGGAAAAAUCCUUUGGAGCAAGUUUGGAGCACAGAACGACCCCAAGGACUACACCAAAUUUAGAUGAUCUUCCAUUAUCCAUUCUAAAUGAAGAAUGUCUGAAGGAACUAAAGGACUUGGAUAUCCCGUUUUCACAAGAUCCAGAAGAUAGGUUAAUAAGGUCCCAUGGCCAUUGCUUACAUGAGAUUUUUGCUCUACGUGAAGGCAAGGUUGAACGAGUUCCGGAUGUUGUAAUCUGGCCAAGCUGUCAUUCUGAUGUGGUCAAGAUAGUACAGCUGGCUUCUAAGCACAAUGUUUGCAUCAUUCCAUUUGGUGGAGGGACAAGUGUUUCCGAUGCUCUGGAGUGUCCCACAGAUGAAAAACGAACCAUACUUUCUUUGGAUACUUCACAGAUGAAUCGAAUAUUGUGGGUUGAUGAAAAGAACUUGACAGCUCAUGUGGAGGCUGGCAUUACUGGGCAAGAUCUUGAAAGACAGCUUAGUGAACAUGGCUACUGUACUGGACAUGAACCAGAUUCGAUGGAGUUCAGCAGCCUUGGAGGCUGGGUAGCUACAAGGGCUUCAGGCAUGAAAAAAAAUAUCUAUGGUAACAUUGAAGAUCUGGUUGUGCAUAUAAAAAUGGUUACACCAAGAGGCAUAGUAGAGAAAAGUUGUCAAGGUCCAAGAAUGUCAACUGGCCCUGAUAUUUACCACUUCAUUAUGGGAUCUGAAGGAACAUUAGGUGUGAUCACAGAGGUAACAAUAAAGGUCAGGCCUUUGCCUGAAUACCAGAAAUACGGCUCUAUUGUGUUUCCAGAUUUUGAACAUGGUGUGGCCUGUUUGCGAGAGGUAGCACGACAGAGAUGUGCUCCUGCAUCAAUCCGUCUAAUGGACAAUACACAGUUCCAGUUUGGACAUGCACUAAAACCACAAGUGGCCUCAAUUUUUACUUCAUUUUUGGAUGGACUGAAAAAGUUCUACAUUACCAAGUUCAAGGGAUUUGAUCCGAAUGAAUUAUGCGUAGCUACCCUACUUUUUGAGGGUAGCAGAGAAAAGGUUCUUCAACAAGAAAAACAUGUUUAUGAUAUUGCUGCCAAAGUUGGAGGCCUGGCAGCUGGAGAAGAUAAUGGACAACGGGGCUAUAUGCUAACAUUUGUUAUUGCUUACAUCCGGGACUUGGGCAUGGACUAUUACAUCAUAGGAGAAUCGUUUGAAACCUCUGUUCCUUGGGACCGGGUGAUUGACCUCUGCAGGAAUGUGAAAGAGAAACUAGUAAGAGAAUGUAAAGAAAAAGGUGUUCAGUUUCCUCCUCUUGCUACAUGCAGAGUUACCCAAACUUAUGAUGCUGGGGCUUGUGUCUAUUUCUACUUUGCUUUUAAUUACAGGGGUAUAAGUGACCCAAUUGCUGUGUUUGAGCAAAUUGAGGCUUCAGCCAGAGAAGAAAUACUUGAGAAUGGAGGAAGCCUUUCUCACCAUCACGGAGUGGGUAAGUUACGAAAACGAUGGUUGAAGGAGAGUAUCUCGGAUGUCGGUGUUGGGAUGCUGAAAUCCGUUAAGCAGUAUGUGGAUCCCAAUAAUAUCUUUGGAAACCGAAAUCUUCUGUAAGUCUGAUGUGCUCAGCAACUAAAACUUGGAUUCUUGGAAAGUAAGCAAACCCCACAUCUUAAAGAUGAAAUCUCCAGACUAUCAAAAAAAAAUUAACAACUUACACUUUGUAAACUUUGCAGUAGAAUUUGUUGGCUAAAAUUUCUUUAAUAUGGGACGCGGAGCACGUGUUUGCAGAAAAGAUGUGAAAUUUAUUAUGUUGCGUGCUAUGCCCUGUCACAAUAAAACGGAGAAGGUUUUUGACAAGUGGCAAGCAGGACAUGCAAUUGUCAGUUAAGAAAAACAAAAAAUGCUUGGAAGUCACUUGUGAUUAUCUUGUAUUUUUUUUAAAAAAAAGGCAUGAGUGGUCAGCUCUGAUUGUAAUUUCUGCCUAUUUAAGCCCUUCAAAAACUUUUGCACCAAUCACACAGCUAUACCUGCUUGUUAUUGGUAACUUUUAUUGCAUGUUAAUUCAAUUCUAUAAGCAAAUGUUACUUAAUGUUAAACUAUCAACUUUGUACAAUGUUCUCUCUAAUUCAGUGACUUUUCUGUAAGCUUCCUCCUACGGGGAAAAUAUCAUUGUACAGAAUGCAUACUGUAUUGCACCUCCUUUGUGAAUUAUGGGUUUUUGAUUAAAUUAAAAUGUUGCAAAUGUUAACUUCCAGGAAGGAGAAAUAUUCUUGAUAGUGUCCUGGGGACUAAAGGAUAACGUUAAUAUUUACAAAAUAGGGAUACAUGGAUAAUGUUACUUGCAUCAUCCAUAUAAUUAAAGUAUUUUUUUGAAUUUCAAUACUGGAUACAAGUUGUCCUUGUAUGUGUGUGUUCUAUCCCAAGUUAUGCUGAGCAUUAAACAGGUUUCUGUAAAUCAAAAUCUGAAAGCUCAACCACAAGACAGUUUUUUUUACUUGCAUGGUGUACUGGAAAUUGUUACAAGAUAUAACAUUACUGCGUGUGAGAUGACUGACUUUGCUAUUUAAGGCAUCAGUGUUUUGCUUGGAUGAAAAUCAAGAUUGGUGUGUGAUAACAUUUAAUUAGCAGUGUGCAGUGUUCUAGGUUACAUUUGAAAAUAUGUUCAUGGUUCUCCCAGAAGCUGUAUCUAUUUUACUUAGCAAACACUGUUAACUUGAGUUUCUGGCAUUUCACUUGUAAAAGAACUAGCAUAACUUGGAUAUUGGUGAACCAUUAGCUGUGUAAUCAACACUUUUAGCUCCCUCAAGUGGUUGUGUAUAUGGUGUGCCUUUUACCAGCAAUAAUGCUUGGUGUACAGUUGAAUAUUAAGUUUACCUUCUCCCCUCCUCAUCUGACUCAAUCAGUGAUGCCUAUUUUUCAGGCACAGAUUUUUGUUAGAUAAAUUACAUUGUGAGCAUUUCAUACAUCUGGUUUGCACAUCCAUAAGAAGUGAUCCCAUCUGUAACUUGAAGAUUACAAGUAAUGUGCUUGUACUCAGAGAUGAAGCAGGAACAAGCGCAAAUUGAAGUGUCAGUCUGAGCCAUUGCGAGUUAGGUGAUGAGCUGAGUAUGGAUAUUUGUUCGUUGGGAGAGUCAGGAGAAUGCAAAACAGAGGGAAAAAUCGGAAAAGAGAAUUUUACCUCCUUCCCAUAGUUUUCUAAAGAGGCAGCCUAGGAACUAGCUGUACGUGCAACAUUUUGGCUAUAGUUGAGGCUAGAAAGCAAGGAGGACAAUAAAUUACAAAUAAAAGGGAGUCACUUGGCCAAAGAUCAGCUCAAAAGUUUUGCUUAUUCUUCUCCUUUUUAUUUGUAAUAAAGUUUAGAAUUAAAUGCACAUUUUUGUAUCUUCCACAAAUUUGCAAAAACAAGUGUCUUUUUUUUCUGGAGGUAAUUUAUAAAAUCAGUAUGCCAGAAACUCAUUGUUUGUGACUCAUUUGUAAUCCUUCUGUAGCUGAAUUGUUUUGUCAACCUAGCUUCCAAAGUUUUCAUAUUCUCAACAAACUUGAUGAGCAGUUUCCUGUCCUUAAUUUUGUUGGCUUCUACAUUGUUGUUGGUAAGGUACUGAUGUGAUUUUAUUUGGAUUUUACUUUAAAUAAACUUGUAAGGAAUUGCU